AUGCUCGACACAAUCGCCCUCGACCUCGUCCCUUCGGACCACCGGGUUCAUGUCGCUCUCUUUCGUGGAGUCCAGAACGCGGGCUUCCUGCACUCCCAACUCCUGGCGCGCAACGCCGCAUUCGAGUAUGCGUUCGUCGACGCGUCCGUCGUCGCGUCGCGCAACCAGAUUCUGGCCGCUGCAUUCAGGGCGCUGGCGGCCAAGCUGAGUGACAACCUUAGGACGCCGAACGUGCAUUCCGAGCUUGUUACAUCACUGAGUCCCUCGAAUAACAUUGCAGAUGCCUAUCGUCGCUUUGGAAUCAGCCCUGCGACCAAGGAUCUUGUCGUCGUUAAGAUCACCUAUCCGAGUGAUAGUGCCGCGACGCCUGUGUCUCGCGAUGACAUCGAGAAGCACUUGGCUGAGAAUGUGCACGGCACACCUGCGGGAUUCUCCGACGAUGAGCUUGCAGUAUCGACAGAUUGGACAAAAGUGAAGAAAUACUACAAGCUCAAUGGCCUCCCGUGGCUUGACGCCAUUAAGGAUGAGCAAGAGAGGAAGCUGCAGAUGGAUGACCUGGUGCUCGGAGCCAUGGCCCUCCGCGGGGUGUAA